GAUUUCACCCUGGAGAUCUUAAAGACCCUCGAGAAAAGCCACGUGGGGGGCUGGUUCCCCUGGGGUUUCCUCCCCUCCCCCGACUGCCUGAUCCUCUGGAGCGUGCCUGAUGUCUGCAAAGAUGUGGAUUUGGACGUCCUCGUGGAAGCCUUGAAGCCCGUGGGGACCUUUAAGAAGAUUGGCAAGGUGUUCCGCAGGGAGGAGGACUCCACGGUGGGGAUGUUGCAGAUCGGGGAGGACGUCGACUAUCUGCUCAUCCCCCGGGAGGUCAGGCUGGCGGGAGGCGUAUGGAGGGUCAUCUCCAAGCCCGCCACCAAGGAGGCGGAAUUUCGCGAGCGGCUGAUCCAGUUUCUGGAGGAAGAAGGCCGCACACUGGAGGACGUGGCCCGCAUCAUUGAGAAGAGCACCCCACACCCGCCCCAGCCCCCCAAAAAGCCCAAGGAGCCCCGGGUGAGGAGGAGAGUCCAGCAGAUGGUGACCCCGCCCCCGCGGCUGGUGGUGGGCACCUAUGACAGCAGCAAUGCCAGCGACAGCGAGUUCAGUGACUUCGAGACCUCCAGAGACAAGGGGGACAAGGGGGACAAGGGUCACAAAGGCGCGGGGUGCAGCAGGAAAGUGCGCAAAAUGCCAGUCAGUUACCUGGGCAGCAAAUUUCUGGGGAGCGACCUGGAGAGCGAGGACGACCAGGAGCUGGUGGAGGCCUUCCUGCAGCGAGGGGAGAAGAAGCCCAGCGCGCCACCUGCCCGCCGCCGCGUGAACCUGCCAGUGCCCAUGUUCGAGGACAACCCCAGGCCGCAGCUGUCCAAGGCAGACAGGUGGCGAGAGUAUGUCAGCCAGGUGUCCUGGGGGAAGCUGAAGCGGAGGGUGAAGGGUUGGGCGCCCAGGUCCAGCCCUGAGGGGGGUGAAGCCCAGCAGGCAUCUACCAGGCCGGAGAGGGUUGGGGCCUCGGGGUCAGGCAGAGCCAGCCUGGGGGACAAUGUGGGCAACACAGGAGAUGGGUGGGAGCCUGACAUGCCCCCAAGACGAUGGAGGCCCAAAAUCAAAUGGGCCUCUUUUCGCCGUUGCAGGAGGGAAGAAGCGGCAUCCACAGAUCAGAGGGCGGAGGCUGCAGAUGAUCAAAGAGUUGAGGCAGCCGAUAAUCAGGGAGCUGAGGCUGCAGAUGAUCAGAGAGCAGGGACUGCAGAUGAUCAGAGGGUGGAGGCUGCAGAUAAUCAGAGAGCUGAGGCUGCAGAUGAUCAGAGAGCAGGGGCUGCAGAUGAUCAGAGGCGGCGCGGCUCACACAGGGACGCGUCACGCGCCACACCAGCCGUGUCCCUCCGCCGGAGGAGGCAAGUGGAGAGGACGCAGGGGGGCGGAGCGCGCGGCGACGAAAAGUAG